AUUUUAAUGUCCACAAAAUAUUUUGACUUGUUAUUCAAACACAUAUAAUGCGUUAGAAAUACAUAUAUUUUUUUCAUGUCUCAGUAGAUACACAAGUAUUUUGCAUCUCAGAAAAAUGAAUAGCUAUUUAUAUAUAAUUGCUGAAUUUAACGACGGAUUACAACUAAUACCUGCAUUGUGUAUAAUGCAGAAAGAAAUUCAAGCAUUUGGCCAACUCAUUUUAAAAGUAAAUUUCGAAUAAAUAAAGCUAUAAUGACAAGAGAAAUGCCACAAAAAACAUUAGAAUGGGAGGAAUUACCAGUUAAGAGAAUUUUUGGCAGAGCAAAUACUUAUGAAGAAGGGAUGGAAAAAUUAGUCCUUGCGGAGGAUACAUCGAAUAUAGAUGAUAUUAUGUCUUCUGAUGAAUUAAGAGAGCAGAAGAAACAAAGAAGACGCAUAAAAGCUAAAAAGUAUAUGUCAUCUUCUUCAGAGGAAGAUGUAUGUUUCAACAAAAACGAAAACACUUGUGUGAGAAAAAAUCCUGCUACACUUUUGUUUUCUUAUCCAGAAAUUGGAGAUUUUGUGUCAUCUAAUAAAAAGAUGCAUAUUCAGCGAUCGAUACAAAAUGAUCUUCCAAAUGCAUUAUGCCAAAGAAGUAUUUCUUAUGAAGUGAAUAGAAGUGAUAGAACUACCAACAGUGAAAGUUUUCCAAGAAACACACAAGAUUCUACAAAAAAAUCUAAUGAAGAUAGUGAUACCGAAAAUAGUUUUACACGUGAAUACAAGAAACUAGUUUUAGGGAAACUAAAUAAAGUUUUAUAUAAACUUAAUUCUAUCGAAAAUAGAAUGNAUAUACUAGAAGAUAAAAUGCAACAUUCCAAUUAUUCUGGUCAAGAAGAAGUUCUUAUACAAUUGCCUAUAACAACAUUUGAAGAAUUAGCAAUUUUUGAAGAACAAUUGAAGGAAGUUAAUUUUAAAGAAGAAGCGCUUGUUAGUACAGAUAGAACAUGA